AAGCGGACUACUUUACCAACAAAAAAGGGACGAUCUGGCGACGAUACAGUUAAAGCCAGAUGACGGUUUGAUUUGGUUAAAUGUAAAAUUUCAGCAUGAAUUCAGACGCGGCAUUAUUGUUAGAAACGGUCAAUUUCGCUGCAGACAAACAUCGCAACCAGCGACGUAAAGAUUCGGAGGGAACGCCGUACAUUAAUCACCCCAUAGGAGUGGCAAGGAUCCUUAGCCAUGAAGGAGGAAUCACAGACAUUGAGGUUUUGCAAGCCGCUUUGCUUCAUGACACUGUGGAGGACACAGACACCACCCCUGCAGAGCUGGAAGCUAAAUUUGGGCCAGUUGUUUCUCGAAUUGUCCAGGAAGUGACAGAUGACAAAAGUCUGUCAAAACAGGAGAGGAAGCGACAGCAGGUGGAGCAUGCACCUCACCGCAGCCAUCAAGCCAAACUGGUGAAACUGGCAGACAAACUGUACAACCUGAGGGACCUGAACCGCUGCACACCGGUUGGUUGGACAGCUGAGCGGGUCCAGGAGUACUUUGUGUGGGCCUGUGAGGUUGUGAAAGGCCUGAAAGGAACUAACUCUGCUCUGGAGGAGAAGCUGGAGGAGCUGUUUAAACAGAGAGGGGUCCAGCUCUAACAGAACGGACCACAACAAGCUGGAAACAGACUCCUUAAAUUAAAAAAUAACAUCUAAUUUACAUCUAACAUCUAAUAAGUUUGAAAUGCUCAAAAUAAAUCUUUCUUUCAUACACAUUUGUGCUGCACAGUGUUUAUAGUAUAUGUUUGGAGUAAUACCAUGCCAUGAAAAUGCAUUUUGUCGCGCAUCUUUAUUUGACCAGAAAAAAUAAACAGUGUAUAUGUUGAAA